ACAUGACGUAUUAAAAAUAAUAAUAUAAUGUAAAUAUUUUUUCUUCCUUCAACAUCAACACGGACACGCGGUCCAACGUAGCCACGUUAGCACGACGAAUCGAUAGAGCUACAGCUGCUGAGGUUCGGUCCCUUUUAUCACUUUUAUUGCAGCGGUCCAACCGGUAAAUCAAAAUCGUUAGCGCUGUGUUGCCAGUCGCCAAGUCCGAGUGUCCGACAUAUUGUGUAUACAAAGCUUGUCGUAAGACUUGUACGUCUAUUGUGUAUUUUGUUUAUACGCGUCUGUGGUCGUGUAUUGUUGCCUUACAAAUUGAAGUACGAAAAAAUCACGAUUUCCCGUAAACGUUUGCAAUUUACGUAUCGUCGUAUUACUUACAUCUUUAAUCGUUUCGCGUUUGUCGUGUUAUCUAUCCCAUUAAAUCGACAGAAAACAUUUUUUAAGGUACAUUUCGUGUUCUAAGUAUUACUAAUACGCGACAAAGUCCGGAUCGUUGUUGCUGUUUACAAACGGGUUUUUUUCAUCUUUUGCUACUACCUAUAAUAAUUAUCGACCAACAAUAAUGGCAUCAGCACCAUACGUGGACGAAUAUCUUGACAGUUUGGGGAACCUUCCGGUGGAGUUAAAACGUAAUUUCGCUUUGAUGCGAGAGCUCGGCGGUAGAUCUCAAGAAGAGAUGCGCUACAUUGAUAAACUGUCGAACGAUUUUUUGUCAAAUAUCGAUAUCUACCACGGAAGCAAAAAGAUAGAAAAAAUGAACAAAAUACAGCGUAAAUUCAAUAAAGCAAAAGAAUAUGCCGAUGAUAAAGUUCAAUUGGCUAAUCAAACUUAUGAAUUGGUGGAUGAAUAUAUUCAGAAAUUAGAUUCAGAGUUGACACGUUUUGAAGAGGAAAUGCAAGACAGAGCCUCCAGUACUUCAAGAUAUGAAGAGGAAAGUUUACCGAAAUGUGGACGUAAGAAUAAUGACAAAGAAAUUAACUAUACUACAAGUGAAGAAAACCAAAACAUCUUCAGUCAGUGCUGUUUCUAAUCCGAUAAACCCUACCAAUAGCGUAGCCAGUGUUGUGGUAGAGACCCGUACUGAUGUUGGAGCUGGAGUUGUACAAUCCCCGGAAGUAAUAGACAUGCCUGUUGAUCCAAAUGAACCAACUUAUUGUUCAUGCACCCAAGU